GAUUCAGAUGGAGUGCUGUCGAGUUCCUGGUAAGGUCGACGGUCUCUCGACGUCCUAAGUGCUGCCUCGUCCGUCUCACGCAGACGACGUAAUAAAAGAGAGACUCUCCGUGUCUUUAUGGAACAGCAGAGGUUAUCUUGGUGUAUAUUGACGCGAGUGACAGAGUUUGUGACGGGUGGAUCUAGCAGAAGAAUGUUGUGGUAGUGGAGUGUUGUUCCUGGGGGCAAAAGGCUAACCACUGUGAAAACCAAUACCCUGGGUGUCUUGACACUUCUGUAGUAGUGGAUGUUCAAAAGCAUCAGUGUAUAAGUGUUUUGCUCUUUUUUGUGACGUGCUUUCGCUUCGUCGUAACGUUUUGGGUAUGGUUGCCGGCGUCAGUUUUAAGACAAGAAGAAUGUGAGGUAGAAGGAAUAAUCUAGGAGGACUCCAGUAAAACAAGCCAGAUCACCUACUAAAAUAAAGAAGGAGAAAGAAUAAUCUAGGAGGAAAAAAUCGAACACAAGUUCCCGCUAAGAGGAAACGAGAAACCUUAUAAAAAGCGUCUUAUAUCACUUGCAAAGUACAAAGAAAAUAUGUGAUGGAAAAUUGGCCUAAUAAAGUUAUUUCAACAAAUUAGGCCUAAAGAAAUAUAAAAAGUACGUCAAAUUCAUUUAUGGAGUGAUGAUAAUGUAAAAAAAAAAAAACUUAAAAUCGUCAUAUGCAAAACAAAAAUUCGUUUCGAUAUUAAAAUAUUUUUUUUAAAAAUCCUGCAAACAUGGCAAGGUCAUCCUCUGUUGCUUGGCUGGCGUUGGCGACAACCUUGUCCGUUAUAUCCAGUGUCGUGAGCGUCUGCCACCUCAACAAUUACAUCGCCUCCUGCACUCUGGACAUCAUGGAGGAGCACAUCGAAGCCACAGCCAUCAUCAAUCAUUGCCAUCUCCCCUUGGACGUCACGUUCCUGGUGUCGUUCCAGUACGCAAACAGCACCAAGCACAGCUGGAAGUACACCUUCGUCACAACGAACCAAAAUGAAAGAGUCCUUAUACCCGGGUUGCUUUUGCCCCCUGCUCCUCACGCCCCCGUCUUCUUGUACGCCCGCGUCCCCGAGAGAGAGUUCAACAUGCAUAACUCUUCCUUCGUCGCAAUUGAGGCAUCGUUUGUGGCCGAGUUGAAGACGCAGGAAUGGGAGGAAGCAGAAUUUCUAAACCACACGAUCUUCAUCGACACGACUGAAGAUUGUCGAUUCAUGAAGAUCGGUAACGAUCCAAUCCCUUGGAUCGUAGGUGGAUUGUUCCUCAUAGCAAUAGCCACAGGGUUAAUCGGAGGAGGCUGUUACCUCUAUCGCAGAAAGAAGCUGGAAAUCGACCAGUUGGCUCUGGUGACCUCUAUGGAAGUUGGACUUCCUGGAGCACAGCCCUAUCAGAUGGAUGCAGUGUCUGACAAAACAGAGAAGGAGAAACCUGAUGAGCCAGAAGAUGACACACAGCAAACUGAUGGUGGAAAUACUGGUGGGGAGAAUAAAGACAGCACAGUCAUUGACAUGAACAGCAAUGAAGACAUCGUUGACACCGGCAAAGGAAAAAAUCACGGCUUCAGUUUCGGUCGACUGAAGGAAGAGAAGGAGUCUGUAGUCAUUGGAAAUCCUUCGUUUCAAGAGGACGUCCCAUCUGCUCCGUCCCGUAAGAUUAAAAAGCGCAAAUCUUCAAGAAAACAUGCCAAUGGUGGACCUGCACAUGUCUCAGGGAAAAAUAUUGCUGAUGACGUAAUCCCAGAGGCAUAUCCUGAGAAAGAUUUUAAUGAUGUCCCUCUGGAGAAUGAAGGUUCAGAUAAUCAAAAUUCACUGGAUAAUGACCAGUCCAGUAUAACGGAUCAUCCACUUGAAGACAGUAGCUCCGAUGAUGGCAUGCCCGUUGGUCAAGGUGCCCGUCGCAAGGUUCGUGGAAUGGUGUCAUCUGUGAUAACAGGAACUCCUGCAGUUGUUGCAACAGACGUCCAGGAAACAAACAGUGACUCCCAAAAGUGUUUAUGAAAUUGGAGAAGAGAAGCGUAAAAAUAUUCUCAGUUCUUCAGAGAUUAUGAAGUGAGGUACAUGACAGUAUAAGAGAAGAGUUACAAUACAGCAGAUAAAUUUCUGUCCUCAAUCGUAAAAUCAAGAUUUGUAGGCCUGAUAAAUUGUCUUCUCACUAAUAUGGUAUGCAUACAGUUCAUUCAUAUUUUGAAUGUGCCAGGCUACAAGUCUGUAUCCAAAACUGCAGGAAAAAUUUUGUGAUUCACCAGUUCAUAGCCAGCUGGGGAGCUGUUAUUCAACAUUGACCAAAUAUCACCAUGACCUUUUAGAGAAUGUCACAAUUCAGUGCCUUUUCUUGGUCUCAGGUUUAUAAUAAUUGUCUUUGGCAUUUGUUCAGAGAGAAAUCAGCCUGUCAAAUGCCCUGGAGUGCUUUUAAUCCACAAUCUUGAUACGGUUCAGAAUUUAAGAUGUAAAUAUUUUAUAGUGGUCAUAUUGUAUGGAAAAAAACUGCUCUUUGUCCCUUGAGCUGUUCAUCUACUGAGGAAACAAAACAGCCUUUUAUUGGCUUCAGUAUCUCAUAUAUACAAAUAUUUUAUUUUGUUUUUCAUUGUCUCAUUAUAUACCAUAUUUAUCACAUAUGAUCACCAGAGCCAAUAAAUAAUGUUCUCAAAUGAGCACCAAAAAUUCAAAAUCAAGUUUGCCCUAAGAAAUGUUACAGGAUUUUAAUGUAGUAUUUAGAGACCGAAAAAAUUUCUUAACUGUAAUGUCAGACUCAGUGAACAUUGAGUAUUUCAUCAAAACUGACAGAAACUGAUCAAAAAAAUUGCUGAAGAAUUGUUUGAUGUUUUGCAUUUGAGAAAUAUUUACUUCAGGUUGUCAUAGCCAUUUAGUUAAGAAUGUAACACUGAUAUUGUGAUGUUCAGUGGCAGCAUGAUUAUCAGUCUUUCACUGUAUGUGUAAUCAACUGUCUACAAUACUAUGCUUACAAUUUUCCAGUUCAUCCUCAGUUUGAGAAAUGCAUUGUGAUUUUAAAUCCCUAGUCUGAGGAAGUUAGCUAACAAUUGCACUGUUAUAUCACAUACAGUCAGUCUUCUAGUUCCCCACUCCAUUUUUUUUUAAGUUUGGAAAAACUUUUAUACUGUACCUUUUAACUUUUAAUGAAAAUUCCAGUUUGUAGUUAUAAAGCUACUUUACUGGUUAUCAAUGUAUUAGCUUUGUGUUACCAUAACUUACUUUCUGAUUUUAGCCACUUGUCAAAAGUUAUGAUUUAUACACAAGUUUUCUUCUUUCUAAGGGGGAAAAAUUUUCAUUUCUUGUCACUUGCUAAAGUUGAAUGUGAUAAUGCCCCUUUGUUAUGUUAUUUGUAAUAUUUUGUCACAAAGUUAUUUGCUCUGUUGAUGACUCAUACUUCCUAAACUUUAAGUAAUCUGUUGAGUUUUGAUUCAAGAGUUUUUUACAGCCUGAAUAUUUUUUUGUUAACAGCCUGUGAUAAUGGGAUUAAUGAGCAUCAUAUUUUCUGAUAUACAGAGUAUGUAAUACUUUUGCAUUCAUAACAUUUCUCUUCAAGGACAAUGAAUUUAGUAUAUGUCAGUCUCAUGACAUGUGAUUUAAGUUUUAAUGUUUGAUCAUCGUACAGUUUUUCACUGAAAAUGUUAAAUAUAUCAAAGCUAGAUUCAUAUACGUACAUUAUGAUCAGUAAUUGCAAAGUGUCCUCAUACAUUACUAUAAAUUUUUGUUGCGAGUUUUCUUCUUUAUGCUUUGGUAACACGGAGGUACAGAUAGGUACACUGGAACACCUCGUAAAAUGUACCAAGACGGUGCUGUACCUUCCUCCAUUAACUUUCGCAGCUUUGGCAAUAACACUUGUUAUUUAUUGUUACGAUAUUUAUUUAUUUUUAGUUUUAAGUACGUAUUUACAUCAAGAAGAUUAUACUUUUUAGAAAAGGUGACUGACAGGCCCAUGUCCUAGUAGUUGGACAGGCUACCCUGUAAAAAUAUUUUACAAUACAGAAUUCAUUUGAUACAUUC